AUGACUAAGAAAACCAUGAAAAAAUCAAGCCUGAUGAAAGCAGCUAUGAGAAAGGCACUCACGAGAAAGACAGCCAUGAAGAAGAAGACCAUGAAGAAGACCCUGAAGAAGACGGCCUCAGAAGAGACAGCCAUGGAUCUGACAACCGUGUCUCUGGAUAAUAUGGAUAUCGAUCGCCCUACUUCAAGCUGGCUCACACCAAGUCAAUCUCAGGCCUUCAAGGCUCUUGAACGCUCAACCGAAGACGACAGCUUCUUUGCAUUUGAAUUUCUUCCUCUCGAAGUUCAGGUGAUGAUUGCGAAGUACGCAUUUCCUCAAAAGCGUAUCAUUCGCAUGGGAUUUAGAACCGAGUUCAACAACUUCAACAUGAUCUUGAACUUCCAGAUGCUGCCCGAUAUGCAUCUCACACCAUUGCUCAGUACUUCCUGGCUGUUCCAUACGGAGGUCAACAAGGAGUUCAAGAAAGUUGAGCUUCAGAAGUACUCUAGAGGUGUAAAGUCAAAGCUUUACAAGGCAUUGUACGACGAAAAUUACUCCCCUCCCAACCAUUUCUGGGAUCGCUGUAGACGCAACGUCUUCUGUGAGAGAGGCUCCGGAUAUCGAUCUUUAAGCCAUGUAUAUAUUCGAACCGAGACGGACACAUUGAUCAUCGAUUAUCGCCAGCUCUUCAUCCUCUACUUCGUCGGUGGAUCCAUCGACUUGUCAAAUGUUAAGCAUAUCGCACUCGCCAAUGUAAAAUCAUUUGAAUGGGACUGGCCACACUACCGUCUUCAAGAAGAGGAAGUUGACAGUUUGAUACACGGUGUCAUCGCUGUCGAAUGUCCUAAUCUCGAAAAAUUUACAUAUAUCAUUUCAAACGAUGACCCGAUGACCGAGACGGACAUCGAUAUAGAAGAAGUGAUCUUUGAAGCCGAUGAUGAAUUAUACUAUGAGGAUUUUGAGUAUGAAGAUGGAUCCUUGCACGAAGAACAUCCCUAUAGCUUAAUGGAAACAAAGGCUCAUGUCGAUCAUUGCUUUAGGAGUUUUCUGAGACAGCCUGACUCUCAGUAUAGACUCAAGGACGAUGUCAUGGAUUUCUGGAAGGCACACGCACCGGGUCUAGGUAUAAUUGCGCGAUUUGAUGCAGAUUCAGAUUGGCGUUUACGUAAGAAGCGUUGCCCAGAGCCUAGGUACCAUUUUAUGGGAUUCAACACUUAUUUGCCUGCUCAUGCUGAUGGUACGAUUCUGAAUCAGUAUAAAGGAUUAGCGCAAAUCUUUGAGGGCGCUCCGUGGUAG